UGAUUGCUUAGGUUUGCUCAUUCCAGGGUCUGUCUUUGAACAUCAGUUGACUUGUUAUGGUUUGUUUUGUUUAUCACUGUUGUUGCUUCGGUCUGUUAUCACCCAGCCCUGAGUUGUGAGUAACCAUCCCACUGUUCUGUUGUGUCUUCCUUUGGGGGAGGGGGCAGGGGAGUUGACCAAUUGCUAGCAGUUGUUCCUUAUUUCAUAAUAGGGCCGCCUCUUGAGCUCAGUGUGUGUGCGAGUGUGACUGAGAGUUGUGUUGUUAGACCAGACACACUGCUGCUCGACUUCAUCCCUCAUUGCCUGACAGUUUCCCUUCAGAUUUUUCAGCUAUGGCUUGUGAAUCUUCAGGGUAUGUUACUGACUCAUGAAUGCUGAAUGGGAUGCCUUAAGCCUAUGAUGCACUGGUAACUUUUUGAGCAAUUUUGCUCGGCAACAUUGCCAUCAACGGGCAACCAGAAGUCCUGGUGGUGCCGGGAUACUCCCACGUGUGAAAGCCGGAGCUCAAAACAAAGUAACUAACUGGCAGCGUCCCUGCCAACCCUUCCCCUUUUAAACCCAAGUUUCAUCAAACACUGCUCUAACCCUUCCUCAGUAGAACGCUCAUGUUCUUACAAGGUGACCAAACGUUCUUGGGAAAGCAGACUCACAACACAAGGAAAAUAGCACAAUGACAGGCCGGCUGCCCCCGAGGCUUCUGCUGUGGUUCAUUGGGUUGUUAGGCAUCGCGUUAUUGACAUUAUUCAUAGUUUGCGUGGCUUUUCAGAUCCAGGAGUCAUGGCAAGUGAUGAGCUUCCAAAGCUUCCCAAGUAAACAUUUAAGGUUAUUUUCUGACAAGAAUGACCGCAGUUCUUUGGAAUAUCAAUUCUCUGCUGAGAAUAAACUGAACUCUUCUGAAGAGCUGGAGCAUAAUUCAUUGCAGCAAUCAGAUGUUGGGGAUUCAUCAGAGUCAGGAAACGACACAAAGUCUGAUCAAGAGAGUUCUGACCAAGCAAAGUCUGAUCAAGCAAAGUCAAAUAAAGCUAAUUCAACCAUAAGCUCCUUAAAAACAGUGGCCAAACCCACAGAGCCAGACUUUUUUGGUGACCAGUAUGCCACAGAUGACUUCCCUUCACAAACAAACUGUCCCAACAACAUUAGGAAGCAUGUGCCUCAGACUCAGUUUGCUGAUAUGUUUCUGCACAAUAUCCCAGUGCUUCAGUGGGCAAAGCAUUUCACUCCAGAAGAGUACAAGCGGUUGAGUCAGUACCGUGGAGCACACGGCUGGGGAAGUGUUAGUGCCGAAGUGUUGAACAGCUCACUGGGAAUUUUAAAUACACCUGCAAAUUGGUUGAUGUUUGAUGACUGGGAGAAAAGCGCGAACGGAUCCAAGUGUAUUCGCUGUGCUGUGGUGGGAAACGGUGGAAUACUGAAUGGUACAAGGAAAGGAAAGGAGAUUGAUGCACAUCACUAUGUCUUCAGGGUAAAUGGUGCGGCUCUUAAAGGGUUUGAGAAUGAUGUGGGAUCCCGGACUUCCUUCUACACAUUCUCAACCAACACUAUGCGAAACUCCAUGCGUAGCUAUGCUCGCGUUGGCUACAGAGGUCCACCCAUAUCCAAGGAGACCAGGUAUAUAUUCCUGCCAGACCAUGACAGAGAUUAUAUUCUUAUGAAGGCGGCUUCCACACACACAGCAAUUGCUACAGGCCCUGAGCGCAGCAAAAAACCGCCUACAUACUUUGGUAAAGAUGUGACGGUAGAAAAAUUCAAAAUCUACCACCCAGACUUUAUCCGCUACCUCAGAAACAGGUUCCUGCAUUCCAAACUUCUGAAAACAGGCGCAAGAAGAAUUUACAGGCCGUCCACAGGAGCAGUAAUGCUCCUAGCUGCUAUUCAUACAUGUGACCAGGUUGAUGCUUACGGGUUCAUGACCCCUGACUACAGUCUGUAUUCAGACCACUACUACGACAAACAAUGGCAUAAAGUGCAUUUCUAUGCUAAUCAUGACAUGCGAAUGGAAAUGAGGUUGUGGCAAGAGCUGCAUAAGGCCGGACUGAUGAAUCUCUUCAUGCGCAAAUAAGCUCAAAAGGAUGGGAUCUACACGUUGUAUAGGGUGUUUUUUAUUGUCAGAACUGAAAAACCUCCGGGGAGUCGUGUUCAAGACAAACCUGUUAUUCUCCCCUCUGUUUUAGACAUAUUUGCUUUUGAGGGUAAAGUUCAUAUGGUUGUUCAAAAGAAAACUACGUGCAGAAGCAAGGAAUGUAGUCAAUACUUUGGAUUGUCUUUUGAGAUAGUUCAUGAGAGACAAAUGGCUGACUAAUGUGUCAUAUGAAGAGAAAACAUGGGCGAUGUACAAAGAUUCUGUAAAAUGUGCCUUAAGACAUCUCAAACAAUGGACUGCCAUGGUGUGUGAGAAACAGUGAGAAUUUAAAAGCUUCAGAGAAUCAAACUAAGAGCAAAAUAAUCAACCUAAGGGAAUAUCUUUAAAUUAUUUUAUUUUAUGUUCUUAAUCAUAUUCCUUUAAUAUGGUGUGUGAGUGUAAGUGUUUAUAGAUGGUACAUUCAAAAUGGACUUGUUGCCAUGUUGCAUUAUGUGUAAAUCAAGAAGGGUUUUCUCUUUUUAAGAGACGUUUUAUGCCUUAGGGCUUUUUUACUUGGAAGCUUAAUUUUACUUGGAAGCUUUAAAGUGCAAUAUCUUAUAGAGUUCACAAGCUGUUUGAAUCAAAAUGUGAGUAUCUUUUGUGAUCCUGCUAUGGUCUGUUUGGUCACUUGAUGCUAUCUCUUGAUUGUAUUUAACAAUUUUUUCACAAAAUAAUUUAACUGCUAUGUUCACUCUGGGCAAAUUAACUGGUUUAGAGAUUCACUACACUCCUGGUUAGAUUUAAAAAAUCACUCCACUUUUAUAAAACGGUUAAGGAUUUUUGUAAACAGAUGCUAAGUAAUAAAAAUUGAAAGAUGGUCCUUCA